GUGAAAACUAAAGAAGAACAAGACACCCACACAAAAAGGGACAUGGAAGAAAGAGCAAUAAGCAUAGAAAUUCCUGAAGUCUUGAAAAAGAAGCUUGAGGAAGACUGUUACUAUAUUAAUAGAAGAAAACGGCUAGUGAAGCUUCCUUGUCAGACAAAUAUAAUAACCAUCCUGGAGUCAUAUGUGAAACAUUUUGCUAUUAAUGCUGCUUUUUCAGCCAAUGAAAGAUCUCGGCACCAUCAGAUGACUCCACAUGCUAAUAUGAAUCUUCAUUAUGUGCCACCAGAGAAGAAUGUUGAGCUAUGUAAAGAGAUGGUAGAUGGGCUGAGAAUAACCUUUGACUUCACGCUUCCAUUAAUUUUGCUCUAUCCUUAUGAACAAGCUCAAUUUAAGAAGGUGACUUCAUCAAAAUUCUUUCUUCCCAUCAAAGAAAACUCAACAAAUACCAACAGAAAUCAGGAGGAGCUUUCCCCAAGUCCUCCUCUGUUGAAUCCACCAACGCCUCAGUCAACCGACAGCCAACCUACAACGGGGGAGCCAGCUACGCCAAAAAGACGAAAAGCUGAACCUGAAAUUCUGCAGUCACUGAGGCGUUCUACACGCCAUAGCUCUAACUGUGAUAGAUUAUCGGAAAGCAGUGCUUCCCCGCAACCUAAACGACGGCAUCUUGAGACCCCAGCUUCUAUGCCGAAGCUCUUCUUGCACUUGGAAAAAAAAACCCCUGUCCAUAGUGGAUCAUCUUCCCCUAUAACUUUGACUCCUAGCAAAGAGGGGAGUGCGGUUUUUACUGGCUUUGAAGGUAGAAGAAACAAUGAAUUGAAUGAGGUUUUGUCCUGGAAAUUGAUGCCAGAGAAUUAUCCACCAAGUGACCAACCACCACCUCCCUCAUAUAUCUAUGGAUCUCAACAUUUGCUACGGAUGUUUGUAAAGCUACCAGAAAUACUGGGGAAGAUGUGCUUUCCUGACAAAAACCUAAAGGCUUUAGUAAAACACUUCGAAAUGUUCCUGAGGUUUUUAGCAGAAUACCAUGAUGACUUCUUCCCAGAAUCUGCUUAUGUAGCUGCAUGUGAAGCCUACUACAGUACUAAAAAUCCUCGGGCAAUCUACUGAAGCUAUUAAUAAAGAUUAAAUCCUACUGUAUGUAGCCCAUGACAAUGCUAUUUUGCCACUUGGCUACAAGAUGAAGAUGAAAAAGGAAUUAAAACAACUUCUGGAGUUCAAGAAAUAGGGAAAUAUCUUCUGUGAUGGUUGGAUUACUUAGGAAUGGAGAACUUCUUUUCAGAGAUGUGUAUAGACUGCUUUGUGAGUUGCUUACAGGAUUGAAUGUAAUUCUGACUCCAGAUGAAUGAAGAAGCCUUGUCCUGACUUCUAAUGCACAGGACUGCAUAGGACUAUUAAAGAGGAAAGGAGGCAAAAGCAGAUGCAUUAGAAACGGGACAUUUUCA